ACUCCAAAAAAUCAUCUUUUAUUUUUCUUCUCAUUUACCCAAAAUUCCGUUCUCGAAAACCUCUAAAAUCUCACGCAAGAGUUGAAGGAGAAUUUAGUCCAGUAUGUGUGGGGGAGCUAUUAUCUCCGAUAUCAUAGCGCCGGCGAGCCGGUCGUCGCGCCGGCUGACGGCCGAUUUGCUAUGGGGCAGCGGUUCCGUCGAUCUCUACAAGAAGAAGAAUCCGGGGAACUAUCAUUCCAAGCCGAUGAGAUCUCAGCCGGUCAUUGAUUUGGACGAUGAUUUCGAAGCUGAUUUCCAGGAGUUCAAGGAUUUUUCGGACGAUGAAGGCGAGAUCGAUGUCAAAAAGCCUUUCUCUUUCUCUGCUUCGAAGAAUCCUGGUUUAAAGGGUUUGAAAUCUGCAGACUCCGCUGAAUAUGAUGAUGAUGCUGAAAAAUCCUCAAAAAGAAAGAGGAAGAAUCAAUAUAGAGGGAUCCGACAGCGUCCAUGGGGUAAAUGGGCUGCUGAGAUCCGUGAUCCAAGGAAAGGGGUUCGGGUUUGGCUUGGUACUUUCAACACUGCUGAGGAAGCUGCAAGAGCUUAUGAUACUGAGGCUCGGAGGAUUAGAGGCAAGAAAGCCAAGGUAAAUUUCCCCGAAUAUGUUCCAGCUGCUGCCUCGAGGCGUACAGUUAAGGUGAAUUCGCAUAAAGUUCUUCCUAAAGGGAGCACUGAAUCAGUUCAACCCAAUGUGAAUGAAAGUGUGAACUUCAUGAACAUGCUUAACAGUGACUAUUAUGAUUCAUUGGGUUUUUUGGAAGAGAAACCACAAGUGAAGCAGUAUGGUUUUGCUGAUACCUGCCCUGCAACUGGUGAUAUGAGAUUAAAACCACUUACCCCUACUGAUGGCACAAAUGUUUACUUCAGCUCUGAUCAGGGCAGCAAUUCUUUUGACUGUUCGGACUUUGGUUGGGGCGAGAACUGUGCAAAGACUCCAGAAAUCUCAUCUGUGCUUUCAGCCGUCAUCGAGGAUGAUCAAGCUCAAUUUAUGGAGGAUGGUGGUCCAGCAAAGAGAGCUAAGUCAAGUUCAGAGGAUCUUGUUCCCCGUGAUGAGAACACCGUGAACAAGGUCUCUGAUGAUCUGUCGGCAUUUGACUCCCAGAUGAAGCUGUUUCAGAUGCCGGAUCUUGAUAGCAACUGGGAUGCAUCAAUUGAUGCUUUCCUCAAUGGAGAUGCAACUCAAGACGGUGCGAAUGCAAUGGAUCUUUGGUCCUUCGAAGAUGUUCCAGCUAUGCUGGGUGGUGUCUACUGAAGCCGCUUGCUUCCUUACUGGCUGUUCUGUAAAUAAGGCUCCAUGUUAGUGCUUUCUUGUUUAUUAUAAUUAGCAUAUUUAGGCGAUUAUGUUUUCUUAAAUAAUGUUUACUGUGCUAGAGAGAAUAUAUUUGAGAUUUGAAUGUCGGUUUUUUUAGGUGUGUUUGUUUCUGGUGAUCAAGACGAGCAAACAGUAAAGCAUGAUUAAGCCAUGAUGGUGUUUUAGUAGGCUCUGUUCUACUGAGCAGUACAUACUUUAACUAGGUUUAGUUCUGUGUUUGAGAUGAUAUUGCAAUUGUGUCUGUAUGGAUGAUUAAGUUUUGAUGAAAACUUAUGCUUGUUUAUGCCUA